CUGCCAUCCCACAGCAGUACAGAAAGAUCGAAUUGGGCCUAGCCAAUGGAGGCUUUAGUACCGUUGUCCAGUGCCAUUUCUUAACUAUUACAACAAGGGCCGAGGCUACGAAGACAGGCAUAAACGAGAGGCAGGUUGAACGAUGGCAGCCAAAGAAGAAAAUAUACGAAAGAAAAAUUAUCACCUCGAAAAUCUAAAGUGUUCAUCAUGUUCUCAUACAUUGACUUUUCCAAAGACAUUGUCUUGUGGUCAUACACUAUGCUCCAGAUGUAUUCCUGAUUCCUUUGAAGAUAAUGAUGGUGUUGUGGUAUGCAAAGUUUGUGAUGAACCAACAGAGAGACAGAACCUUAAUUGUGAACAAUACAUAACUAGGCUAUUAGAGGUAGUAAGAAAGGUUGGGAAAGCUGCCAGCGCACAAUGUUACACCUGUGAGGGCCAGGUUGCUGCUGCAUUUUCAUGUCAAGAAUGUGAACAGUUUUACUGUGAAGAGUGCUUGCAUGUUCAUAACAGAAUACCUAUAUCUAAUAACCAUAGUUCAUCCUCUUUAGAUGAUUUUUUCUCUGAAGAUCAGUUUGAUGCCAUGAAGUUCCAAAUUCGGAGGUGUCCAACACAUGAUCACCCACUCGAGUUUUAUUGUAUGGCAUGCGAUGUUUCAAUUUGUAAGUCAUGCAAUGAUCACAAAUGUCAUGAUGUUAAUGAUAUCGAUCGUUCUUUUGAUGAAAAGUUGUUAGUAUUUGAAGGUAUCAAAGAAACUUCACAAGAACAGAUUCAAGAAUUAGAAGGAGCUUGUGAAUGCAUUCAUGAUGUCAAAGCAGAUUUACAGUUGAAUAAAGAAAGUAGUCUAGAAGAAAUCUCUGAUUAUGGCAAGUCCAUUGAAAGAGCUGUAAAAGAUAGGAUGCAAAGCCACAGAAAUGAGGUGCAUACAAAAUAUCGUGAAAAGAUGAAGUUCAUUGCAAUGCAAAAGAACGAUAUUUUAAUGAUGAAGGAAAAUCUUUGUAAAACAAGUCAUAUUAUGAUGGAGUUGAUAGGAUUCAAAAAUCCAGCUUUGGUAAUGUCUACCGGUAGGCGAAUCAUGCAGACAUUGAGUACACAAAAUACUAUCAGUGAAAUAGAUCUUGAACCAGUUAUAAACUAUCAUAUGACUAUUUCAGAUGCAAUCAAAGAUCUUAUUGACAGAAUUCAAGUCAUUCCUGGCAUAUAUCUGAAUGGGUCUGUUGCACAGUAUUGUAGACUCAACCCCACUACUGAUGUCAUUACGUGUGGCCACAUUGCAAGAUUUCAUUUGCUGACAAACAAUAUCGAUGGUAAUCCCGUAAUGAUAGGAGGUGCGGAUGUCAGAGCAAUUUUUAGGCACCAUACAGGAGAACCUGAAAUAGAAGCAAAUGUUUUUGAUAAGCACGAUGGCUCAUAUGAGAUUACAGCUCUUUGUCACAGUGCUGGUAAAUACUCAGUUGAUGCAUACGUAUUUGAUCGACCAAUCCCUGACAGUCUUCAAUUUACAGCUGUACAGUGGGUAAUUUCUGAACAAGUCUAUUCCAUCCAUAAGGGUCAAAAACUCCAAGUGCAACUCCAAGCUAUGGACGAUGUUGGCAACAUUAUUGAUAACACACUGGAGGAUAUAUCUGCAGAUAUAAUCUCACCAACUGAUGAAAUUAAAAAGCUUGAUGUCAUCUAUGAUGCUGGCAUAUGUAAGGUGGAGCUGACCACACUGCUCAAUGCAAAGGGUAACUGGAAAAUUAAUUUUUACGAUCCUAAUGAAGUUACUAAAGUUGAUGUCCAUGUGUUUGAAUGGAAUGUUGAUGUUGUUAAUGUCAUCAAAAAGCAACAUCAACAAUUUGAGAUAAACUUGAUAGCAUCAAGUGGGACAGCAGAUAUAAAGCCAACAAAAGAACCAAAGAUGUUAGUUUCAUUGGUAGAUCCUGAAGGUACUUCCAAAUCAGUUCGUGCAGUGAUGAUUGAUGAAAGAAUUUUAUAUCGUGUCACAUUAGAAUGUGAUAGAUUGGGCAUGUGGUUAAUAAAUGCCACUGUAUUUGACUGUCCUCUUCAACAAGUCAAUAUUAACGUAAUUGAGUGGAUUGUUGAUGCUGACAUGUCCCAUUUGGCAUGUGGAGAUCAUUUUGUGUUCAAACUCUGGGCAUGUGAUGUACAUGAAAAUGUAGUAGAAAAUAGUAACGCUAUUGUCAAAUCACAAGCUAGAAGUCCUUUGGGUGAAGUUGUUGACCUCUCAGUGGAACUUAUGGAUAAUGGUGUCUACAUUAUCGAAGGUAAUCUAGAUAUUGUAGGUCAGUGGUCUUUGGAAGUUAAUGUUGAUGAUGAGGAUUUGAUACCAAUUGAGACUGUGGUAUUUCAGUGGAAUUUAGAUGCAGAUGUUGUUGUCCUUUCAGUUGGUGAGAUAUUCCAUGCAAAAUUGAUUGCAGUCGACUCUAAUCAACAGACUGUGAGUGAAGCCAGAGUAAAUAUAGAUGCAUUUCUGGACAGUGUUACAGGGCGGCAUGCAUUUGAUGUCCUGGACAAUGCAGAUGGCUCAUAUACAAUUACUGGACAGUGUUUUGAGGUUGGAGUCUGGAAGCUACAGAUCCUUCUCAAUGAAGAUUUGUAUACUAUGCUUGACCUCCAGGUCGUUGAUUGGACUGUUGAUGCUGAUAGCACGACCAUGUCUGUUGGUCAGACAUUUAGCAUUACGUUAAGUUCAGUAGAUGAAAAUGGGGAAAGAGUGACCAAUGGCCGUGGUGACAUAACAACGUACCUGCGAAAUCCAAACCAGAAGUAUAGAAAGACAGAUAUUACCAAUUUAGACAAUGGAUCAUAUGAAAUUAGCGGAAUGUGCAACAUCAGUGGUAUGUGGGUUCUUGGAAUUCGUGUUUAUGGUGAACCACCAUCUGACUUUGAGGUAUCAAUUGAGGUUGUCAAAGAAGGAUAUGUGAUGUCAGUAGAUACUCGCAAAUUAUGGCUGGACAAGAUGUCAGGUGAUAUUGCAUGUUUGGUAUGGUACACAGAUAACAUUCUAUUGGUCAGCAACAACACAAAUGAAAUAAUCAUGAUUACUAAGAUUGGGGAUUUUGUAUCAAGACUAUGUCUAGAUGGUAACCGAAAAAUAGGCUGCAUAUGUCCUUGUUACGAUGGGAGGAUAGUUCUGCUAGACCAGGGCAAAAAAGAAGUACUUGUCCUUCCUAGAUUUGGUGAAGAUAUUUCCUGCACAUUUAGCAAUGACAUGCUAAAAUCGCCUUUCAGUGCCACUGUUGACAAAAAUUACAUUUUUGUUGUUGAUAAUUCCAAACACUGUGUGAUGAAGUUUAGUUUUUCUGGGCAACUGAUCAAGAGCAUAGGUCUAGAGAAAAACAGAUAUGGGCAGUUGAAGCGGCCAUGGUUUGCUGUAACCAGUACUGAUGGCAACCUGUUAGUCUCAGACAAUGGCAACAAUUGCAUCCAGAUGUACAAUAUUGAUGGUGUGUUUGUCAAGACCCUGGUGGGAUCCGGUAGGAAUGAUGGAUCGAUCGUUUUGCCUCGUGGCUUGUCGGUUGGCCAUAAUGGGAAUGUAUUUGUUGCUAGUGAUCAUAAGUUGCAACUGUUUGAUGGAGAUGGCAACUUCAUCAGCAGUAUCCUAGAAAACCCAACUGUGAAUCCACAUGGAAUUGCAGUGGUAUCGCGUGUACCGAGACAGAUUGCGAUUACACAAUCAGACAGUAGCAGUUUUGAAUUGUAUAACUAUUAAAUAGCUUGUGCCCUUUAGUGUUCCUCCUGCACCAGCUGAUAAUCCUCCACCUGUGACUGGCUCCUGUAGUGCAGUGCAAAUCCCAAUAUUUGGGAUGUAUUUUACACAUAAGUGUAGCAAUACUGUGCAAAGACUAUACGUACAGUAUGUAUAUAAAGCUCUAUGUUCACACUAGCAAAUUUUAUGUGACACAUUUGUGUGAUGUGUCCAUAUAUGGGAAUGAUGAUGUCAUAUUACACCCAGUUAUGGGCUUAUCACAUUUUCUAGUUGCAUAAAAUGUGAUAGUGUUAGCAGAGGUUUAGUUGACAUUUUAAUAAUACCCUAAUUAUCAUAGUUUUUGUAAAUUAUUUUAGUUUUUGAAAUGCUUGUGAUAGAGCCACAUGCUCUGAGUUAGCCUUCACAUGAAGCCUCCUAUUGGUCUAUUUCAUUUGUUUGUUUUUAUUAUUAUUUUUUUUUUUGUAGAGUUUUUGUAGUUGAUUAGAAAUUUGAUAGUAUGGUAUCCACACACAAUUUAGCAACUAGCUGAUUAAUUGAUCUGAAAUCUGGUAAUAUACAGGAAUUAUGAUAGACCUAUCACUUGAUUUUUCCAUCAUUUUGUACAUGAUAGUGCUUAACUAUGAAAUGUUUUAUGAUUUAUCAGUGAAUGUGCAAAAGUUAAAUACAACUAGGUACACGCACAAUUUAGCAGCAAGCACAGAAACGAAUUUGAGACCAUUUUUUAUAAAUUGUUAAGGCAGUGAGUAAGGGUGUACUGUAUUUAUUUUUUUUUUAAAUUGUUUGUAUUGUUCUUGGGGGUGUAUUGUUGCAUACCCCCUCCACCCCACAUACAAGUCAGAGGCUCCCCAGACACCCUCCUACCAGAAAUUUGCUGAGCAAAAAAAAUUACAUACUGUACUAAAAAGUUACCAGCUUACUCUCCCUCUCUUAAUUCAAGUCCCUCUCUAAACUCUGCACCCCUCCCAUCAGCACCUCCAUGUCAAUGCUGUACUUCUAAAUACAGGACGUUUAGUAAGUCUCUUGUAAAUAAUGUUUAAAGAAGAAUUGAAGACUUUUUUUUUGUCAAAUUUGGAUUGAAUUUCAAAGUAUUUGUUUUUUGGAAAAUAAAAGUUACAAGGAAUAACGAAA